AUGGCUUCCCCAGUGGCCCACUUCAAGGCUGGUUACUGGAAAUCACACCCUCACAGAGACCGGCACCAUCACAAUCCAACUGGACACAGCCCUCACAGAGACCGGCACCACCACAAUCCAACUGGACACAGCCCUCACAGAGACCGGCACCACCACAAUCCAACUGGACACAGCCCUCACAGAGACCGGCACCACCACAAUCCAACUGGACACAGCCCUCACAGAGACCGGCACGACCACAAUCCAACUGGACACAGCCCUCACAGAGACGGCACGACCACAAUCCAACUGGACACAGCCCUCACAGAGACCGGCACGACCACAAUCCAACUGGACACAGCCCUCACAGAGACCGGCACGACCACAAUCCAACUGGACACAGCCCUCACAGAGACCGGCACCACCACAAUCCAACUGGACACAGCCCUCACAGAGACCGGCACCACCACAAUCCAACUGGACACAGCCCUCACAGAGACCGGCACCACCACAAUCCAACUGGACACAGCCCUCACAGAGACCGGCACGACCACAAUCCAACUGGACACAGCCCUCACAGAGACCGGCACGACCACAAUCCAACUGGAACAGCCCUCACAGAGACCGGCACGACCACAAUCCAACUGGAACAGCCCUCACAGAGACCGGCACGACCACAAUCCAACUGGACACAGCCCUCACAGAGACCGGCACCAUCACAAUCCAACUGGACACAGCCCUCACAGAGACCGGCACCACCACAAUCCAACUGGACACAGCCCUCACAGAGACCGGCACCAUCACAAUCCAACUGGACACAGCCCUCACAGAGACCGGCACCAUCACAAUCCAACUGGACACAGCCCUCACAGAGACCGGCACGACCACAAUCCAACUGGACACAGCCCUCACAGAGACCGGCACGACCACAAUCCAACUGGACACAGCCCUCACAGAGACCGGCACGACCACAAUCCAACUGGACACAGCCCUCACAGAGACCGGCACGACCACAAUCCAACUGGACACAGCCCUCACAGAGACCGGCACGACCACAAUCCAACUGGAACAGCCCUCACAGAGACCGGCACGACCACAAUCCAACUGGACACAGCCCUCACAAAGACCGGCACGACCACAAUCCAACUGGAACAGCCCUCACAGAGAGCUCAUGGAGAUCCGGGUCCACCUUAA